AUGGAGGGCGACAAGGAGGCCGCGGCCGGCACGCAGCCGGGCUCCCCGCCGGGCGAGAGAGCCUUCGCCUUCCCCGCCUGGGAGGAGGGCUCGGGCGACGAGAACGUGCUGGUCAUCCACAGCCAGGUGGAGGAGGAGCAGCACAAGUGCCCACUCUGCGGAGAGGUCUUCGGCCAGCCGCUGAGCCUGCUGCGGCACCAGAAGCAGCGGCAUGCGGGCGAGCGGGCCUUCGUGUGCCCCGAGUGCGGCCGCGGCUUCGGCCUCAAGCACAACCUCAUCAUCCACCAGCGCAUCCACACCGGCGAGAAGCCCUUCGGCUGCGGCGCCUGCGGGAAGCGCUUCAGCCUCAAGCAGAACCUGCUCACCCACCAGCGGGUGCACGGGGGCGCGGGGCCCUCGGCCCGCCCGGCCUGCGGCGAGAGCUUCCGGGAGCAGCGGCUGCCGCUGGCCCACCCGCCGGGGGAGUGUGGCGGGGCGGCGGCCGCGGCCACGGCGAAGCAGGGCCCCCCCGGGCCCCCCCGGGGGCAGGCGCGCGGGAGGCCCCGGGCCGCCAGCGACUGCGGGGAGGGCUUCGCGCCCUUGCGGGAGAAGCCCCCCCGGGACGGCCCCCCCCGGGCCUGCCGCGAGUGCGGGGAGGGCUUCGUCGGCCGGAGCGGCCUGGCCAGCCACCAGCGGGCCCACCGGGCGGAGCGGCCACUCCAGGACAGCGAGGCCGGCCGGAGGCGCUUCGGCCCCAGGGAGCCCCCGCAGGGCCCGCACCAGAGGCGCCUCGGCGGGGACGCCCCCUUCCGCUGCCUGACCUGCGGGAAGGACUUCGCCCAGCAGGCCAGCCUGGCCGCACACCGGCGCAGCCACGAGGCGCUCAGCUGA